GAGCGCGCAGUAGUACAGGUAGUCCUCCUCCCUAGGGAUAUAUAGGCACCGCUACGAUCGACUAUGAGAACUUCUCCAGGACAUUCUUCCUCUUCAGUAGCCCCCUUUCUUGCUAUAAGUACAGCCCCUGAACAAAGGCAUGAGGGUGCAAGUGUGGUUGUCCCCUUGAAUUGGUGCCUCUCCUCGAUCAAGCUAGUAGUCUCUCCCAUCUCUACUCUCUCCGGCCCUCUCUUGAUCCAAGCACAAAAGCCAGAACCCCUUCACACCUAGCGUGUGUGCUAGCCAGCCUCCAAGUAGCAAAGAUUCCGAUUAACCAACGUUUUUCCGGCCCGGCCCUAUCCACAAUUCGGGAGUAGUGAUCCAUGGAGGGGAGCAGCAACAGCCCGGACGGCGGGCAGUCGUCGGGCGGCAGCCCGCCGGAGGAGCGCGGCAGAUCAGGAGGAGGGCGGGGGGAUCAGCCGGUGCGGUCGCGGUGGACGCCCAAGCCGGAGCAGAUACUGAUCCUGGAGUCCAUCUUCAACAGCGGCAUGGUGAACCCGCCCAAGGACGAGACCGUCCGCAUCCGCAAGCUGCUCGAGCGCUUCGGCGCCGUCGGCGACGCCAACGUCUUCUACUGGUUCCAGAACCGCCGCUCCCGCUCCCGCCGCCGCCAGCGCCAGAUGCAGGCCGCUGCGGCAGCCGCCGCUGCCGCCAACAAUAACAAUACCAGCUCUGCGGCUGCAGCGAGCGCCACCAUCGGCGGCCAGCUCCCGUCCGCCAUGGCGAUCGUCGGCGGGAGCGCGUGCCAGUACGAGCAGCAGGCGAGCUCGUCGUCUUCGUCGGGAAGCACGGGAGGAUCGUCGUCUCUGGGGCUGUUCGCGCACGGCGCGGCGGGAGUGUCGUCGAGCGGCCCCGGCGCCGGCGUUGGGUACCAGCAGCUGCUGCAGCAACAGCAGGCGGCGUCGUGUGGCGCGUCGUUGUCGGCGCUGGCUAAUUCGGGGCUGAUGGUGGGGGACGUUGGCGACAGCGGCGGCGGCGACGAUCUCUUCGCCAUCUCGAGGCAGAUGGGCUUCGUGGAUCACAGCCCCGUCGGCUCGUCGAACUCAUCGGCGGCGCCCAGCACCGCCGUGCAGCAGCAGCAGCAAUACUUCUCCUGCCAAUUACCAACAGCGACGAUCACGGUGUUCAUCAACGGAGUCCCAAUGGAGGUCCCAAGGGGUCCAAUAGACUUGCGAGCCAUGUUCGGCCAGGAUGUGGUGCUCGUCCACUCCACCGGGGCCCUCCUCCCAGUCAACGACUAUGGCAUCCUCAUUCAGAGCCUGCAAAUGGGAGAAAGCUAUUUUCUGGUCGCGAGGCAAACUUAAUUGAUCAAAUGCAACAUCAAGUUUAUAGGCAUAGAUUUCUACUCGAUUCUCACAGGAUCAGAUAUGUAUGGGGUGUCCGGGUGCAGUUCUUUAUCGCCAAGGCAUGCAUCAAUCAUAACGGGAUGCUCGUCUCUUGCAUGCCCAUCAUUUAUCCAUCGAAAAGCAAGCAAGCUGUCUGGCUAUGACAAAUUAAAUACUACUAUAUGUGUAUUGCACCAUCAGAAAGUGCUAGUACGUACUUAUAUGCCCUUAAAACAUACGGAAGCGUGGGCGGUCAAGCUCUUCCUGGUUAAAUUACGAGUUACAAUGGCUUGUCUAGUUGUCUUCCCAUCGAUCGAUCAUCUCUCCAUUAAUUAGUUCACGGAUAUGCGUGUGCACUGUGCAAUAUGCAUGCAUGCAUACAGGCCCUGGCCUUGACAGUCGAGCUAAAUAUACAUUUUCAGCUAGCUACCUAGGCAGAUGCACGCAUGUACUCCAAUUAAUAUUGGUUUAGUAUCGUACCAUCGCGCGUACGUGAUGUAAUGCCUUGUGUGUCAGCGUCAGCUUACGCGGUUGGAAUGA